GCCACUUGUCUGCAGACAACGACGACGACGAAAAUGCUCAGACUCACGCGCCCGCUGUUCCAAGUUCUCAAGAAGUCCACGGGCAUCACUGGGCUCGCAGUCCACCCCAAUCCAUUACCAGAACUGUCCCAGACCUAUCAAUCCACACUAUCCCUGCUUUCCACUCUCCCUCCCACAUCCGUUUACAGGCAAAGCGUAGAGGCUUUGACGAAACACAAGCUCAAUAUCGUGCAGAGUGCGAAUGGCGAUAUCGGAGCAGUCGAGACACAGCUGGAUGAGGGUCAGAUCGAGGAGUCGAUAGACAUCGCAAACGAUGAGAAAAGCCUUGUUGAGAAAAUGUUGGAGUGGAAAGGAUGGGAGCCACUGGAGGAGAAGCCUGAUGAGGGCCAAUGGGAUUACUUUGGGAAAACGACUACGCCAUCGUCGUUACCCUAACUUUGGCCAUUUGGCUGUUGUAUUGGAUGGACGGGAAUUAGGACAAAUCAACACGUUCUUUCAACGCCAUUA